AGCGGUAGGGAUUUUUGUUUCUAACGAUCAUGGCACUAAAUGUUUGGGUUUCACCUGAUGGUGUAAUUAAAAAAGAAAUUAUUACUCAUGGCAGCUCAGGACUAAAACCUACGGAAAAUUGUAAGUGUUACAUUAAAGUGUCUGAGACCUGUAUUGGUGAAUUAAAAAAGUUCACUGAAACUGGUUUGUAUAUCUUAGGCGAUAGCGACACAACAAUUGAACGAAAUUUAGAUAACUGUUUGAUGUAUAUGUCGAAUGGUGAGGUAGCUAGGGUAACAUUUGCAUUAGAGACGAUCUGUAUAUUUACUUUAGAAUUAGUGAAUUUUGAGGGAGAAGAUUUAAUUUGUAAUUGGGAUGCUGGAAAGCGAAUGAGAUUAGCGUCGAAUCAUAAAAAUCGUGGCGUAGAACUGUUCAAGGAUUCUCGAUAUGUUGAUGCUUCUUGCCGUUUCAGUAAGGGUUUAAAGAUUUUAUGUUCCUUACCUAUAGGAGUCAAUGAACCUGUAACAGACAUAGACGAUGUUCCAUUGAUAGAUAUCCAGAACUUAAAGGUGAACCUCUAUAAUAAUCUCGCAUCCUGCUAUUUAAAAUGCUGUGAUUAUCAGACUGUAUUAGAAUUGUGCCAAAAAGUUUUUGAAAUUGAUAAUCGAAAUGUGAAAGCUCUCUACAAGCAAGGAGUAGCCUUGUACGAGUUGCAAGAUUACGAAAAAGCACAGACAAGUUUGAUGUCUCUUUUAGAGAUUAAUUCGGAUAAUAAAGCAGCUCUAGAGAAAUUAAAGCAUGUAAAUAUCAAGGUUAAUGAAAGUAAUUUAAAAGUUAAUGCCAUGAUUAAAAAAAUGUUUAGUAAAUAGCUGUCCUAAAUUUAUUUUUUGUAGUUCUCGUAGAUCAGAAUAGGGUAGUGCCUUAAGGUAAGAUUUGAAAUGUUUGUACUUAUUUUAAUAAAGAUUUACAAGUGGU